AUGCCCGAAUGUGAACCAUGGUGUCCUUUGGUAAAGAUUGAGUUAAAAAAAAUAGCCACCGAAGCACCAUGGAUUUUAAAGAAAGAACUUCCUUCGAAUGGUAUUCCCCCGACGAUCGUCGGUAAAGCUUACGAACCAACAUUAAAAAUUAUCGAUGAAAAAUCUGUGAGCCCAAAAUUGGACAUUACACGCGAUGAUGAUUGGGAAAAGACUGGAAAGCAGCCCGACAUCCACGAUUUGGAUCAUCGUCGUGUUUCCAAAGAAAUUAACGGAAGGCUAGUAGAUUCAAUAGACAUGACUACAGAUACUUCUAAAGACGAUUUUUCAAAAAGUCAAGCCACGAUGAUUUCAAAAAUCCAAACAGAAUCUGCAACACAAUGGAGUGUUAUCGAUAAAGGACACGAUAAAGUAGUCGAAACCGAUGAUGAACAAGCUAUUAAGGUUGCGGAAGAUCCGACAACUGAACUUUCAGAACGUGAAAGAGUGGAAGAAAUGAAAAAAACUGAUGGAGGCCCACUAAAGCAUGAUGCUGUCGAUAAAAAAGAUCUUGCAAUAUUUCGAGAAGAAUGUGAUCAAUCUUGUCCUCGACAAAAUAGAAUUCGCAAACUUGAAGAACGACAAAGCGCUAUAGAUUCUUAUUUGCUGAAUAAGGGUUCAGGUUAUUUCGACGACGUCUGUACUUGUUCACUUUCCUGUAUCCUUCGUGCUUUAAAAGAUGAUUCUUUUGUUAGAAGCAUAUUAGCAUCUGUUGCACUGUUUGCGUUUGGAUUGAAACUUUGUUCAGAGUUAAAUGCAUGGUAUUUGCCAAUUCGAUCUUCAUGA